AUGUAUCAAACUACUACACAGUCACCAUAUGUCCAUCGCCGACGAAAGAAGACGUCGAAGGAAGAGCGCGUGUGUCCGGUCUGUAAACACCAGUUCAACAAAGCGGAGCAUCUGGCCCGUCAUGUCAGGUCUCACACAAAAGAGAAACCAUUCAGCUGUUCAAUCUGCGAAAAGGCCUUUGCUCGACAGGACACCCUUUUGCGACAUUCACGAUCUCAUUCCUCAAGAAGUAGGAAGUUUGACUCAACUGAACCUGAGCCCAUGUCUGGGGAAGAAUAUGGGACGGAGAUUGACCCCAGACUCAUGCCGGCCGCUUCCAUCACCCCCGCAGACCACACGUCAGUUGUGAUUGGACCGGAAUCUACUUCAAUGACCGGUGAUAUAAUGGCUCUAAUGUCUCCCCCAAACAGCACGUCUGUUGAUAAGCGAACUCCAAACAUGUGUGUUGAAGACAAUAUCACCUUUCCCACUCAUGUUGACUCCUUGACCUCACUGUUACCCCUUGAUGGGGACGUUUGGAAGGACCAAUCCUCUCCUCUUCCACCCCCAGUCUGGGAUUAUUUGCGAGAUAGCAGAGAUUGGGAUGCUUUACUCACGGGCGAGAACUUUGACUUGGAUGCGGUGAACAUGUCUCUUCUGUGUGCAACAUCAGACUAUCCGCUGCCGGCAGAUACAAUGCUCGACUUGAACGCCGGUCGGCCUUUAGAACCACCUGCCAAUUUUGACGCAGACUUGGUUGAAAGACCUACCAAUUUGGUUCAGGUGAAAUGGCAUACUUUCGCUCAGGUGAAAUCUUCUGGUCAAACGACUCCAGCUCUGCCAUCGGGAGGCAACACCUUCAUUGACGAAUCCUAUCGAAAACGGCUCGCAGAAGGUCUCCAGCAACGAGUGCAGCAUGGAAUUUUACCAUCCACCCCAUUUCUCGACUUAUGUAUUCAAGCAUACUUUUCCAAAUUUCACCCUCUGUUUCCUAUAGUGCACAUGCCAACUUUUCGACCGGGGAUUCAGAAUUCGAUCCUUCUUCUGUCCAUAUGUUCUGCAGGGAGUCUGGUGGUGGGCUCACCUCGUGCAAUAUCACAUGGAACCAGCAUGUUUGAAAGGCUGAACAAAGCUAUUCUAUCCUCAUGGGAUACGUACAUGGCAAAAUCAGGGGGCUCUUCUUUGGUUGCUCUCCAAGCAUGUACAUUGGGGCAGACAUUUGGUCUUUUGCUGGGUAGACCGAGGGACCUUGUCGGAAUUGAUGUAUUUCAUGGAACCCUUAUUGCAUGGGCGAGGAAAGCCAAGCUCUUUAAUUUGCCUCGUUUGGAAUAUAAUAUUCUCGAUGUCGACGGGCAAGCUCUAGAAGAUAUGUGGCUAUCGUGGGUUCAAGCAGAGGUUGGAAAGAGAAUUGCCCUCGGCCUACAUAUCCACGACGCCGAGCUUGCCAGACUUCAUAACCAUGACCCUUUUCUCCGCCACUCUCUGGAUCGGGUCCCUAAGCUCUCCUCAAAUGAACUAUUCACAGCACCCAGUGCAAAUCAUUGGAAAUCCCUAAUGUUAGAGGCCCAGACAAGGACUUCUCCCGCAGAAUCCUCCCAUCAAUAUCCACCCUCAUCAACAGCCCGCAAUAAAUCCCACAAUCACCUCCUUCAAACAACCUCACCAGACGACUUCGAACUAUGCGGCAUGCUGGAGUGCAUUAGUGCUCUCGCCUGCGAAGAGCGAGAAAAAAAUCGCGACUCUAGCUCUUUCGAACCCUCUCAAAGCCCAAGUUGCCACCACCUCCUCACGAAAUGGCACACUACUUACCAGCCCACCAUGGCCGGAAAGUCAAGCUGGUCGUACCUUAUGAUACUCUGGCACUCGGUAUUCAUGACGCUCCAUGCAGACUUCAAUGCGAUAGAGUGUGCCUUUGGCCGUGAAGGCUACGAGGCUGCACAGAGUCAUCUCCCCUAUGCGCGAACCUGGGUGCACUCCAUGGACGCGAAACGGUGCUUGCUACAUGCUAUGCUUAUCCAGAAAAACUUCGAAUCCCUUCCCGCUGGCGCAGAGCCGGCAUUCCAUGUUCCAAUGUGUUUGUAUUAUUGUGGGCUUGUCUGGUCGUGCUUUAUGUGCUUUGGGGGAGACCAAGACCCGGUUACUGUGGUCGCAGGCGACAAUUUACAGUUUGAUGAGUUGAGGUUGCAGGGCGUUGAUGGGAUUGGCGCUUUUUUGGAGCAGACUGGUGGUUUGCAGCCUUCUAAGCUGGCGAUGGGGUCUUUGUUUAGAGUUAUUGACUUGCUGCAACGGAUCAGUCAUUGGAAGAUAUCUCAGAGUCUGGCGUCGACUCUUUUGGCGCUUGUCGAGGAGACGCAGGAUUUGUUUUGA